UUUGAAGUUGAAGUUGGAAGGAUGAAAAAAGUGAAAUUAGAGUAGCGAGCUAGGCUAGCAGGGAAGUGAGUGGUGGAAGAGGAGUGGAAGAGAUAUUUCUUUUGUCAAACAGCUCGACUAAUUAUACAAAGUUUCACAAGUAUGUUUUCAAUGCCACGAUUAGACCUUAGUCGUUAGCUGUUGCCUUCGGUUUAUCAACUGAGCGAACUUUCAUUUUAGUGUUUGUUUUUUCCAAGUUAUUUGGCGAAUGGCGUCGUGUACCUAAUAAAGAACCAUAUUUAAAUUUGAUUGUCGAGAAUAAGUGAAGAAACGGUGAUUGUAAUUCGAACAAUGGCGAAUCCGAAAGCAACCAGCAGUGCCCUGAGAGCCUUAGCCGUGGAGUACAAGAGCCUCCAGGAGGAACCAGUCGAAGGUUUUUGCGUAAAACUCGUUAACGACGAAAAUCUCUUCGAAUGGGAAGUCGCUAUUUUUGGACCGCCAGAUACCCUGUACAUGGGAGGAUGCUUCAAGGCAAGAAUGAAGUUUCCCACAGACUAUCCAUACUCUCCACCAUCAAUAAGAUUCCUGACAAAAGUAUGGCACCCUAAUGUUUACGAGAACGGCGAUCUGUGCAUCAGCAUCCUUCAUCCCCCUGUCGAUGACCCCCAAUCUGGGGAAUUGCCAUGCGAACGUUGGAAUCCUACGCAGAACGUGAGGACGAUUUUGUUGUCGGUCAUCUCGCUGCUUAAUGAACCUAAUACUUUUAGCCCUGCCAAUGUCGACGCCUCUGUGAUGUACCGUCGCUGGAGGGACUCCAAGGGACGGGACAAAGAAUAUGAGAAUAUUAUAAGAAAACAAGCGAUGGUUGCUCGGGCUGAGGCCGAACGAGACGGCAUGAAGGUGCCCCUCACCCUGGAGGACUACUGCAUAAAAACGCAGGUGAAACCCAACAGGUCGGACCCCGCCGUCGACAUGACGGACUUUUACGAUGACGAUUACGACGAGGAGUACGACGAUCUCUCCGAAGGCUCCGAUUACGUAGAAGAGGACGACAACGACAGCGGCAACGGGGAAUCGUGAUGCCGUUAGCGGAAGUGACGAGAGUCUCGAGUCCGUCUUGUAUAUUAUCGCCUGAUUUUUUUUCCUAGGAAUCGUGGAGCAUAAGCAUAUAAGAUUUCUGAAGAGUUGAUUGCUUUCCGUUCCGCUUGAACUGUAUCAGGUUUUCUGUCUCUUCAAAUAAAUACUCAAUUUCCUUCCAAGAAUAGAUCUAAGGGAGGAGUUGAAUUUUUUUGUUAUCAGAUGGGAAAUAUUUUUCUGACAAAAAUUCUUGUACAGUUUGCGCCAUCUUUUCCGUAUUGAAGCGAAUCUUGUACACAUGUUGAGUGUGUUAUAUUCGUAAAGUUCGGGUAAAGGUUUUAAAAAUAAAUCUGGUCUGAAAAACGGUAAUUUUCAACAUAUGAAUUCAUAUACAGCGCUCCCAAAAAGUAACGAAUUAAUUCUUUAAAAUAGUUGACAAAAGUAUUUAAAAAAAAAUGUUUGCAUAUUAGGAUCACAUUUGCCAGCUUCCACCUCUUGGGGAACAGAUGUUUGUAAUUUAGGAACACGUCUGAGCUCUGGUAAAACACCAUCAGGGUCAAGUGCUUUCUUUAGUUUGAUCCUCAUAACUGCAGACUUGAGCUCUACCGUAAGAGUCAUAGGGGGCUCAUGUUCUGUAAUGUUCCAUAUGAAGGGCAUAUCGCCCCUGAGGAACAUUUCCCUUAUCUUUUCCUCUUUGACAUUCUGGUGAAGUUCGUAAGGCAUUCUAAAAGGCGUCAUUAACCCUGUUACUAUGUGGUAGCCCUGUCCCCUGGAGUUUUCCUCCAACCUUUUGCAUAGCAACCUAUUGUACUUGGUGUGACGAUCCUGUUGCUUUUCUGGGCGAUUUUCUGUCUCUAGAUCUAUUAUCCUAGUUGGUUCUUCAUGUCUACCUCUGGCCUUGUUGAGCCUUUCGAUCUAUAGCAGGUUUCCUGUAGUCUAGCAAUAUCUCCGUUCUACCAAUCUAGUUGUGCUUUUAUUGAUUCUACAUUUCUGUCUUCCAUGCUCACGUCUUGUGCACUUUUUAACGCCCUAGUAAGAUCCUCCAUGUCUACAAUUGAACUUUCCAGCAGUUGCAUCGUGAUUUUGAAUACUGGCUUCAAUGUCUGUCUCUUCCUGUCAGUUGUACUUUGGUUUCCUUUUCCCCUCACAAAUCUCACAAAUGAUAUGCCUAUGAAGGCUCAUAAUUUCCUCCGUUCUCUGAGGAGAAGGUAAUGUCAUUGAUCGAUGCUUGUGUUCCCCUUGUAAAGGUGGGGGUAUCACCCUCAUGAAGCACUACCACAUCAGUUCCUCCAGGUGGCGCAUCUCAAGUUUGCGCAGACUACCACCAUAUAUUUGUGUCAACUAUUUAUUUUAAAUGUAUCAAUUACUUUUGGGAAGUACUGCAUAAAGAAACGUAUGGCAUCCAAACAGCUGUUUUUUGAAAAUCGCACAAUCAUAACGAACCUAGAUUGAAUUAAAAUUACUUGUAAAAUUAUCGAGCGGAAAUUGAACUGUCGUAUCAUUUCAUUUUUACUGACAAAAAUCAUUUCUCAAGGACCAGACACUCUGCUCUGUGACCAAAGUAUCUUUCCGUACUAUCCAUGGACAAAUCGAUAUUCGAGAACGAAUGUAGGACAGAAAUUUUUGCCUGAAUUUAUACUGUUUCGCAAUUUUUCCUGCGUUCAAGCCUCUCAGUUUGUAAUUUGUAUAUAGAACUAAUACUAUCCCCUCAAUUGAUGAACUGUAAAAAAAAACAAGUAUGUAUAUAGUAUAGAGAACGCAAUCAUAGAUUGAAAAUAAAUUAGUUGAUACAAAGCAGUAGAAGGGUAGGGACUUUCAAAGCUAUUUUCGUGUUUAUCGGCAGUGACCUACAGGUUUUUGCCUGACGUUUCGCCUAAAACUGCGGUAUACAUUGCCAAAGGCAAUAGGACUACGGACUCAAUGCUCAAACUUUCCUUACAGCUCAUGCUACAUUGUUUGAGGGUUUGAGUCGACGGUCUUAUUACAUAACUGAUAGGCGUGGUUUCAUUCCUAUUGGUUGGCCUGAAUCGUAUAUAGUUGAGUGCAGGUAGUCAUACUUUAUUUAUGUUAAUACUGAUGAUGUCAUUCAUUGCUCAACAAAUUGUACAAUCCCCUCAGAAAUCUUUGCAUAAUUUGCUAAGGAAUAACGAGGGCUUACCUUUCAACACGCGAUUCCUAGCACGGAGGCUAUGACCAUCUUAGAACAGAGAUUAGGUGAAGAUGUCGUCAGAUUGGACAAAAUCUUUAAGGGAUUUCCAAUAACUUUGAGAGUCCCUUACUAAGAAAGGCGGAACUGUAUCUGGACCAGAUACAAUUGCUGCUGCUUCAAUUGGACUGUGAUAAUUUCCCUUUCAGUUUCAUAACGGAUAUUGAUGUUGUCAGCAAGAUAAUGGCUAUCGAUCUUCUGCAUUUUACUUUUGGUCAGCUCCGAUGCCAGAACAAAUACAUCACCAAAAAGUCCUUUGAAUUCUUUAAGUAUAUCCUGUGGUCCGGAAAGCGUAAGCUGUACGGAGACUAGAUUGCAUCCAGUUUAUUUAUUUCAAGAGCAAAAUUUAUGACCAACUCCUGCACUUGUCCCACCUCGCCUUACCGUAUGUACCAUGGGGAUAACUAGAGUACUAAGAACAUUAUCUCAUCGCUCUUGAUGCCUACCGCAGUUGUAGUUGAAACGUCAGACGUAAAAGCUGUAGUUUCAGUCCAUGUUUCUCUGUCGUAACUAAGCUAGUCCUAAGAACAACUCCUUUCUUGCUGAAUAUGCCCUUCUACAUCUUUGUGUUUUUUUAGGAUUAGGAUGUUUUGUAAAUAAUUCAAAAAUGUAUUAUUUAUUUAGGCUUAGCACUUUUACAAUAGUCGUGGGUGUGCAGUUAUUUUUGCAGAAUGUUGUGUACAGUACAAUACAAUUUCACAACGAUAGUGCCCUGUUUCACCUUUGAGUGCUAUUGGUUGGUGUUUAUUUUUCGUGUGGUAUGUAUUAUAUUGAUGGAACAAGAAAUAAAUGUUUCGAAUCAGGA